AUGCCUCCCAAAAAGCGCAGCGCACCCUCCGCGCCCAGGAAAGCGCGACAAUCGAAGCUCGCCAAAGCGAACGACAUCAGCGCGACCGAAGAAAACGAGAUCAAAGAAGUCUUCCAGCUGUUCGCGACCAGCGCCGCAGACUUCCCCAAUGAGAAAGAGGGGGUAAUCGCCCGGGAAGACGUCCGGAAGGCACUUGUAGCGCUGGGACUCGCGCCGGCGGACUCGCGAGAGCUUCACGAUAUUCUGGCUGCGGUGGACCCCACGACGACUGGGUAUGUGCUCUAUGAGCCGUUUGUGUCGGUUGCGGCGGCGAAGUUACGGUCGCGCGAUGACGAUGCCAUGGUUGCCGAGGUGGAUGCCGCUUAUCAGCUGUUUACAAGGAAUACGGAUGGGCCGAUUACGUUGGGGCAUUUGAGACGGAUUGCGCGUGAGUUGAAGGAGGAUGGGCUGGGGGAUGACUUGCUACGGGAUAUGAUUUUGGAGGCGAAUGGGGGCGCGGGUAUUGACGCUGGGGUGAGCUUGGAACAGUUUCAUGAGGUUAUGACUCGGGCUGGCGUUUUCUAG